CCCGCGCCGGGGUGAGGCAGUCUGCGCCGCCCGGAGCCUCCGCAAUGAGAAGACUUGAGUAGAAUUUCACAAUGGCGGCAAAAUCCAUAGUCAUCGGUGUGGAGGGAAUGACAUGCAAUUCCUGUGUUCAAACCAUUGAACAGCAUGUCGGGAAGAUAAAUGGUAUCCAUAACAUUAAAGUAUCUCUAGAGGAUAAGAAUGCAGUCGUCAUUUAUGACUCAAAACUGCAGACUCCAGCAACACUGCAGGAAGCAAUAUAUGACAUGGGAUUUGAUGCUACGUUAGCUGAUUCAAACCCACAACCUGUUUUACCUGACACUAUUUUUCUUACAAUUCCUACUCAGUCAGCUCUAACGUCUAAACAGAUUUGUAGUACACUACUAAAGAACAAAGGUAUCGUGGAUGUUAAAAUGUCCUCCGAUCAAAAAACUGCAGUGGUGACUUUCAUUUCUUCCAUUAUAAAUGGCAAGCAGAUUAUCCAAAUGGUCCCAGGAGCAGAUUUAAGUAUCUCUGCACCAGAGGUAACACCUGGAACUUGUGAAGAUUCCAGCUGGUCUCAAGCAAGUAGCAUUGUGCUGCGCCUGAAAGUAGAGGGGAUGACCUGUCAUUCUUGCACCAGCACCAUUGAGGGGAAAAUUGGCAAAUUGCAAGGAAUUCAGCGGAUUAAAGUGUCCCUGGACAAUCAGGAAGCUGUUGUUGUCUACCAGCCUCAUCUAAUUACAGCAGAAGAAAUAAAACAUCAAAUUGAAGCUGCAGGUUUCACGGCAUCUUUCAAAAAGCAGCCUAGACCCCUCAAGCUCAGUGCUAUUGACCUGGAAAGGCUGAGGAAUACUCAGACCAAAGGUUCUGAGACAGCACUGAAAGAAAACUCGAAUGUGAACGAUACAAAGACAGUUGUCUUCAGAAUUGAUGGCAUGCACUGCAAUUCAUGUGUCCUCAGUAUUCAGAGUACCAUAUCAGCACUCCCAUCAGUAACAAGUAUAGUUGUUUCAUUAGAGAAGAAAUCUGCUGUUAUAAACUAUAACCCAAACUUAAUUAGCAUAGACCUACUGAGAAAAGCCAUAGAGGCAGUGUCUCCAGAGACAUUUAAAGUCAGCCUUCCUGACGAGUAUGAAAAUGUAGCACUUUUCCCCACGCUGGCAUCUCCACUGAAGUCUCCUCAUCCAGCUAUGAAGGAUGUUAGCCAGCCACUUACUCAAGUUGUUGUGAUAAAUAUUGAAGGAAUGACUUGCAACUCUUGUGUGCAGUCCAUUGAGGGAGUCGUAUCCCAAAAGGCAGGUGUAAAAUCUAUUCAUGUCUCUCUCACCAAGCGUAAUGGGACUAUAGAAUAUGACCCUCUGCAAACGUGCCCAGAAGACUUGCGAUCCUCAAUAGAAGAUAUGGGAUUUGAUGCAUCUUUAUCAGCAAAGGCAGAACUACCUGCGGCAAUAGCUCAGCCCUCACCCGAAGUGCAGCUGGAUUCUCACAAAACCGAGCCUCCCUCCAAAGUGUCACCAACCCACCUUGCUAGACAAGAGACAAAGACUAUAUCAAAGUGCUAUGUCCAAGUCACAGGAAUGACAUGUGCUUCAUGUGUAGCCAACAUUGAGAGAAAUUUGAGAAGAGAAGAUGGAAUACAUUCAAUACUUGUUGCCCUAAUGGCAGGAAAGGCAGAAGUGAGGUAUAAUCCUGCUGUCAUACACCCUUCAGCUAUUGCAGAGCUCAUACGGGAACUGGGAUUUGGAGCUACCGUGAUGGAAAACUGUGGUGAAGGAGAUGGAAUUCUGGAACUUGUUGUGAGAGGAAUGACAUGUGCGUCUUGUGUACACAAAAUAGAAUCCACCCUCAUGAAGACUAAUGGUGUUUUAUACUGCUCAGUAGCUCUUGCAACCAACAAAGCACACAUUAAAUAUGAUCCUGAGAUUAUAGGUCCUCGAGAUGUUAUACAAGUGAUAAGGGAUUUAGGUUUCACUACUUCGUUAGUCAAAAAAGAUAGAUCUGCUAGUCAUCUAGAUCACAAACAGGAAAUAAGGCAGUGGAAAAGGUCUUUUGUUGUGAGUCUCGUUUUCUGUAUUCCUGUCAUGGGGCUGAUGAUUUACAUGAUGGUUAUGGACAGUCAACUUGCAGAUGCUCACAGACAUCACAACAUGAGCAGUGAGGAAAUGGAGGCCCUUCACUCCUCUAUGGUCCUGGAAUACCAGCUCCUACCAGGAUUGUCUGUUAUGAAUUUUCUGUCGUUUUUACUCUGUGUCCCUGUACAGAUGUUUGGAGGCUGGCACUUUUAUAUACAAGCAUACAAAGCACUGAAGCACAAAACUGCAAAUAUGGACGUGCUCAUUGUUUUGGCAACCUCCAUUGCGUUUGUCUACUCGUUUGUUAUUCUUCUAGUUGCAAUGGCUGAGAAAGCAAAAGUAAACCCUGUAACUUUCUUUGACACACCUCCUAUGCUGUUUGUAUUCAUCUCAUUGGGCCGGUGGCUAGAGCAUGUUGCAAAGGGUAAAACAUCAGAAGCACUGGCAAGACUAAUUUCAUUACAAGCUACUGAAGCUACUAUUGUUACCUUGGGCCCUGAUAACGUUCUUUUAAGUGAAGAGCAAGUUGAUGUCGAACUGGUUCAACGAGGUGACAUCGUCAAAGUGAUCCCAGGAGGCAAAUUCCCGGUGGAUGGUCGUGUUAUUGAAGGACACUCUAUGGUAGACGAAUCUCUUAUCACAGGUGAAGCGAUGCCCGUGACUAAAAAACCUGGCAAUACAGUUAUUGCAGGUUCUAUUAAUCAGAAUGGGUCACUACUGAUUUCGGCAACUCAUGUCGGAGCUGAUACAACUCUUUCCCAGAUUGUUAAACUUGUGGAGGAGGCCCAGACCUCAAAGGCUCCUAUCCAGCAAUUUGCAGACAAACUUAGUGGCUACUUUGUUCCUUCUAUUGUGGCUGUCUCUGUGGUUACCCUUUUUGCCUGGAUUAUAAUUGGAUUUGUGGAUUUUGAAAUAGUAGAAAAAUACUUUCUGGGUUACAAUAAGAGCAUUUCUGCAGCCGAAGUGAUAAUCCGCUUUGCUUUCCAAGCCUCUAUCACAGUCUUGUGUAUUGCAUGCCCCUGUUCUCUGGGAUUAGCCACCCCGACAGCUGUGAUGGUUGGCACUGGAGUAGGAGCUCAGAACGGCAUACUGAUCAAAGGAGGAGAGCCAUUAGAGAUGGCACAUAAGGUAAAGGUGGUUGUAUUUGACAAAACAGGUACUAUUACUCAUGGGACUCCAGAAGUGACGCAGGUGAAGUUUCUAGUGGAGAGUAACCAACUACCACAUAAUAAAAUGCUGGCUAUAGUGGGGACUGCAGAGAGUAAUAGCGAGCAUCCUCUUGGAGUAGCAAUAACAAAAUACUGCAAAAAGGAACUGGAGUCAGAAACCCUUGGGACAUGUACAGAUUUUCAGGUAGUUCCAGGCUGUGGCAUUAGUUGUAAAGUCACCAAUAUUGAAGCAUUGCUCUACAGGAAAAAUAAAAUGGUUGAAGAAAACAAUAUUAAAAAUGUCACACUUGUGAAAAUUGAGGAAAAUACGGACGAAUCAGUGCAGCCUGCUUUGAUUAUUGAUGCUGAACUACCAACUACUAUGACUUCUCAAAAAUACUCUGUUCUCAUUGGGAACCGGGAAUGGAUGAAUAGAAAUGGCCUCCUUGUUAAAAAUGAAGUUGAUAAAGCCAUGAUGGAACAUGAGCGGAGAGGUCGCACAGCAGUUCUAGCAGCUGUUGAUGGAGUGCUUUGUGGCUUGAUAGCUAUUGCUGAUACUGUGAAACCAGAAGCUGAGCUGGCAGUCUGCACUUUGAAGAGUAUGGGAUUAGAAGUUGUCCUGAUGACUGGUGACAACAGCAAAACAGCAAGAUCUAUUGCCUCUCAGGUUGGCAUCACCAAAGUGUUCGCAGAGGUUCUUCCCUCCCACAAAGUAGCCAAAGUGAAACAGUUACAAGACGAAGGAAAACGGGUGGCCAUGGUUGGAGACGGCAUCAAUGACUCCCCAGCUCUUGCUAUGGCCAACGUGGGAAUUGCUAUUGGCACGGGUACUGAUGUAGCCAUUGAGGCAGCCGAUGUGGUUCUAAUUAGGGAUGACUUGAUGGAUGUGGUAGCAAGUAUAGAUUUAUCAAGGAAAACUGUGAAAAGGAUCCGGAUCAACUUUGUCUUUGCUCUAAUUUAUAAUCUCAUUGGAGUUCCCAUAGCUGCUGGUGUCUUCCUGCCCAUUGGUUUGGUUUUGCAGCCCUGGAUGGGAUCUGCAGCAAUGGCUGCCUCCUCUGUUUCUGUUGUGCUUUCUUCUUUGCUGUUAAAGAUGUACCAGAAACCAAGUUCUGAGAAACUUGAGUUCCGGGCCCGUGGCCAAAUGAGGCACAAGAGCCCGUCGGAGAUCAGUGUCCACAUUGGAAUUGAUGAGACUGGGACAGGCUCUCCUAAACUGAGCUUAAUGGAUCGAAUCAUCAAUUACAGUAGAGCCUCUAUAAAUUCUCUCUUUUCAGACAAGCGUUCGGUGAACAGCAUAGUUCUUAAUGAACCAGAUAAGCAUUCGCUUUUGGUGGGAGAUUUUGGAGAAGAUGAUGACACAGCAUUAUGAAAGACUCGCCCCUCCCCUCCCACCCCUGCUAAGCAAAAAAAAAAAGAAAAAAAACCUGAAGCAAAAUGAAGAAACAACCAAAAUGGCUGUCUAGAAGUCUGUGCACAUACUGAUCAUUUCUGGAGGUCUUUUCAGAUGUAUUUCUUCUUUAAUGUAGAAAGCUAGUUUUUGCAGUGACUUUCCAGGGUGGGUUGUUGGGGUUUUUUGGGUUUUUGGUUUGGUUUUUUUUUUAAAUUAAGCUUACCAAAAAAAAUGGUGCGGGGCUGUUAAUGCUUGCGAACAGGGCCGUGUUGCCAUUCCACGAAGCUUGCCGUAUAGCAUUUUUUUGGCAAAAUGUCAAAAUACAAUUAAGGAAACUAAGGAACCAGAAACUUAUUUCCCAGCCUUAUAACAGGCUACUUUAUGCAUAGUCAAGUUUAGUAGUGUGUUAAAAAAAUAUAAAUUACUGCAUCUGCAAAAUACUGAAGGUUCUGUGUUUGCAGAUAGAUGUGCCUUACUUCAAAACUUCCAGGACCUGUCUUGUUUCCAUAGCCUGCCUUGUACCUGAAAUGGUUCCUCUCAAAUGCCUUUUCUUUUUACAAACAUCUGGUUCCAGCUUUUCACACUCCUAGCUUCAAAUCAUCUCACCGUUUGUGAUCUGGAUUCUUGCGAGGCAGAGGUGACUGAGAGGUUUUGGGUUUGCUUUCUAACAUCAUACCCACAUUUAAGUCUAUACAUCCAGGCCCCAGUACACUCCUACUAAGAUUGUCUGCUUGAAGGUUGAAUGGGUUGGGAGGUUUUCUCAUUCCCAGCCUCUCCCAAGCCAAAAACUACUGCAACAUCUCAGUACGAUAUGAAUGUGAUGUGGUAUUAGCCAAAAUGUUUAGCUUUUAAGGCAGCAAUGUAGUUAGUGCUCACUACCAAUGUCUAUUAGCACUCCUUAAAUGAACCGGAAUAGUUUGGACCAGUGUCACACAGACUGCCUUUAAAAUCUUUACAAUUCAGUCUUUGCAGAUACCUAACACUAAAGAAUUUAUAAUGUGUCAGAUACUGGACUAACAUCAGUUGCUUGUAAAGGUAAGUGUCUGUAUACCAGGAAUGGUCCAGAAUCCACUCCAUAGAUUGAUCCAAACCUCCUUUGCUUGGGAUGUUCAGAUCCAGGCUUUGUGAAUUAAGACAGUCUUCAUUUGUUACUGAACUGAAAUAUCAAAAUGCAGGUUUUGAUCAUUAAAUCAUUAAUACUAAAAAUAUUCUCAAUGAGAAAUAAAAGUGUUCAUCACCCAGUAGCUAGCUACGUGUUUGUUACUUAAUAAACCUUGUUCUGCAAAUCCUCUGCUGAGACAGCUAUCUGAAGCAAUUACUAGGUUCGAUAAUGUUGAAUUACAUUAUGAAAUAACAGUCCAUGGUGUAAACAUGUAGUUCCAGUUUGUGCUUGUAGAGGAGAAUAUUCAGAGUACGAUAAAGAGAUCUCUGUUCUAGUUUUUAACUUGAAGUCUGAUGUGAGUGCAUAGAUUGUGUAUGUAAAAAGUCGUAACUAAAUAGCUUUUGCAUUUUAUCUGAGAACUACCAGAAAAAUACCAGUGUAUGAAAACAGAAGAGUAGUGCUAUGGAGUAUGUUGUUAGUAAAUCAGUGUACUUGUUAUAUUGCAGUGAGGAGAACAACAUAAUUUGUUGUUGACGCUAGUUUAAGAAACAAAAUAUUUCUGUUGCAGGAUUUAGGUUCUUAAUAUCUCUACAUGAAUAUAGAUUUUUUUUUUUUAAUUAGAUUAUAGCUAUAUGUAUAUAUUGUAGUGUUAAGAAAUGCUGAGAUACAUUACUGCAAAGCCAUUCCAUAAGAUGUUGUUCUCAGUUUUCAGCAACAAAGCUGUUUCUUACAAAGCAGACAGUUACCUAAAACCUGUUUGAUCGUAUUAUGAUGGUUUUUUGGUGCUUCAUGACCAUGCAAACGGUUUCCAAAGAUUUCAGUUUUCCUGUUUAUCCACACUUAUUCUCGGUGGUGUUCUUGGCAAGAUUCUGCAGAUGAAAGGGAAGUAUUCUACAUAUUUUUGUCUGGAUUGUGCUGGUGGGUGGUCUUAAUCCUGCAGUGAAGACACAAGGCAGGUCCUAGCAUGCUUUCAGAUGGGAGUUUCACUACUGCAGGUGCUGAUGAUGGUAUAUAUGGCAUGUAAAUGACAGGCAUCAUGCUCUUACUGCAGGAAAUAGAGUAGUAAUUUAGGAUUAAAUUCCUGGUUGGUAGAUAAAGCAGUGUGAAGCAUUUGUUAAAUUACUUCCAAAUAUAUUUUUAGAGCACUUUGGCUUCAACCUUUUGUUGUCCAAAUUGUACGUAGGUUGAAUGUUUACAGUGGAAUGCUGGCUUUAUCACCAACUUUUUCCCAAUACAGAUGUUUUUCUAGGCUUUUCCAUUUUCUGUGAAACCCAGCAUUUGAUCCAGUUACAGCAAAACAAGGCUACUUUUCAAAACCAGGAUACUUAAUGAGGUGCAGAGAUGAUUAUCGGGGAAUAAGGAACAGUAAAAUGCUGGCUAAGAGGGAACGGGAUAGCGGUUUGUAAGUACAAUCAGAGGAUCAAACUCUAGAGAGGAAAUAACUAAGCUAAAGACCAGUAUUAGCCCAAGAAUGAAUGGGUAUAAGGUGGUUGUGAUAAAUCUAGGCUUGAAUUGAGGUGAAGCUUUUUAACUAUAACAGCUAUUAGGUUCUGAGACAGCUUCUGUUUAGAGCUAGUAUGUGUGGAAAGCAAAUUGCUCUCAUGUUUCUGAAGGAGGCUUGUAUGAAGUGAUGCCAGCAAAAGCAGUGGUCAGGACUUACUGACCCAGGAAGUCCCUUUCAGUCCAGUUUUCCUCUUUGGGAAAAUGUCUGGACUUGUCUUUUGAACUUGAAUUUAGUACACAGUGUGUUUGAGUAAUGUAGAGCUGAUUAAGAAAUUCAGAGUCCAGAUCUUUGAAAAUAGGUUGUCUGUCCAACACCCCCCCCCCAAAGGUGUGAUAUUGACUUACAGAAUGUUUAUCUUGUGAUUAAAAUAUUAUAUAAGGUGCUUUAUGUUGAAGAACCAAAAUAUUUUCCAGUUUGAAUGUACAGUGCAAGUGAAAUAAUGUGGGAGCUAAAUGUUCUCCCAAAUGUAAAUGUUUUAAUAUGUAAAUAUAUUACUCCUGUUGGAGACAGUUUGGAUUCAGAAAUUUAAAAUAUCACUUGGAAACACACAGUUACAAAUGAAAUUGUAUUACUAGCGUGUCUAUUUUAUUGUUUUCUGUAACUAUUUAUAAAACCUGUGCUCUAUUUAAAAAACAAAGUACAUAUGCUUGAGGCUUUAAAAAUUGCUCUUUGAAUCUUGCCAAUAAACUUUUAAAAGAGUAGACACUUGAAAUUUUAUAUGAAAAAGAAUGUGAAGCUGACAAAACAAUGGAAGCAAGCAAGCAUUUUUAUUUAUUAAAAACUAUGUUUAUUUUUUUGCUUAGAACUUCCAACAAAAUGUUGUAAACUUGAGGGGGUUUUUUUAUUCCAUUUUGGUAUGAAGAAUGGAGAAAUGAAUGCUGUUGUGGAAUGUUAAUUUAGUGCUGUUAAAUUUCUUUACAUCUAGAAACAUGUAGUCUCACACUUCCUGCUCUUUUAAGACUGUGCCUCCAUCAUUAUAAUGGCAAUUAUAAGCUAUAUAAUAAAAAUGUAACAUCCGA